AUGAGCAGAAAUAAUACUCGAAGAAUCGCCGAGUUCCAAGACGACGAUUUUGGCGCGGGAAACAUCGGUAAUUUCCGAAGAACCGCUUCACUGCGGCUGCGCGGUGAGAAAAUGGUGCAGCGCUCGCCUUUAUCGGCUAGAAAAUAUAUUCCAGUAAUCACGGAAAACGGAAAUUCAAAGCGAAGCGAUGGCUCCAGAUUACCUGAGCCCAGCCAUCGUCCUCGAAGUCAAUCGUUUCAUGCAAAUUCUCAAAUCAGACCCAAAAAGUCUUGUUUAAAAAUGCAGGACUGUCUUGAUAGAAAGUUGAGUAUGACCGAUUCUGCUAAUACUCCCCCUGGCUCUCCAGAGGAUUUGCCAGAUGAUGAUUCCUUGCAUAGUUAUGGUAGCGCAGCGACGGCAGCCUCAAUCGAUGCCGGGUAUGCACCGUUUAAUGGUACAACAUUCAGUGGCAGGUCCAUGCGUUAUGUGUUGCAUUGUUCAUCACAUGCUGGCCUAGCUGGAGAGGAAUACCUUACACCAACACAACGCGCACAAAAGCAAAUCCGACGGCUAAAAAGUAUAUUGAGCCAAGCCAAAAAGGACUUGGAUAAGAAGGACAGUGAAAUAUUUCAACUAACAAAAGAAGUUGUUGAACUACGGCUUUAUAAAGCUUCAGUGUUUUCACCAGAUGAGAAAUCAAACUCAAGUGAAAUUGUUACUGUAAGAGAAAAUGAAGAGGGUAUUGAGGAGCAAAGUGUCAGGUUUAAAGAUACAUGUAGAUCUUAUGAUGUCGUGGACAGUCCCUUCAAAGACCACAGUACACCAACCAGAUGUCGGAAUGAAAUGCAGGGAUCCUUUACAGACUCGGGACACUUUGAUGACUUGACAAACUCUUCAUUGCACUCUAAAGAAUCUGUCCAUAUGUUAAUGCACGAUGCAUCCUGCAUGACUGAAUCACUAGACAGCGAUGAAGAAAGGCGUAGUUUAAUAUCAUUCUAUGAGAAGAAAAUAGAAGAUGUAAUGAGGGCACAUGUGGGUGAAACUCAGGAAAUUAAGAAAGCACAUAAUGACAAGGUAGAAGCCCUCUUGCAGAAGUUGGCAGAUGUGAAUACAAGAUACUGUGAAUUGCUGCCAAAUUAUGAACAGGCCAAGGAACGGAUUCAUGUUCUAGAAAAGCAGUUAGAUGAAGCCAGUCGGCAGCUACAGGAUGAGGAGAAUCGCCAACGAGCUUUGUACCUGCAAAUGUAUAAUAAGGGAAUGGAAGCAGCUAAGUUUCAGUUUGACAAGGAAGUUGAUGGAGAAGGAUCUCAGAACCAGUUGAGCCGAGUGUCAGUUGAAGAGCUCCUAGAGCAGCUACAGAUUACCCAGACUGAGCUCGAAAACGUCCGAGAUACAGCAUUCGCAACGGACAGAACAGCAUCACAAGUACUUCUAAGUGCAAAGGAGGCUGUUUCUUUAUGGGUCCUAGGAGCGAGAAAGGCAAUGUACCGUCGUAUCGUUGAGUCACAAAAGGGCGCCAAGUCUAACGUUGACCCAGAAGUUACGCUACAAUUCCUAAAAUCGGCGAUAUACUACUUCCUUACUGACCCGGAAAACCAUCAAGGACACCUAAACGCUAUCGAAAAUAUCCUGGGUUUCACUGAAGCCGAGAAGAAAAACAUAAGAAAAGCAAGAUUAACAUAG